CCUGCGCGCUCCCGCUCCACACUCACCUAUUCGAACUUCACACAGUCUCGUGCACGGUGACUCAGCCGCGCCGACUCUCCAACGUUUAUUUCUGAAAGAGGAAAAAAAACGACUUUUUGAGGAUAUUUUUGAUUUUUUUUCCACCUUAAAUUGACGGUUUGAAGUUUUUUUUAAGCUCUCCGGUAAAAGUUGAAGAAUGACAGAGAAAGUUGAGCGAUAAUGUCGGAGGGAAAUCGAGUUUGUCGUGUGUGAGAGCGAGCUGACGGACGUUAAAAGGACCGAAUAAGAGGAGCGUUGAUUAACAAUGAGGUGAGUACGUUUUAUUUUACUGUUUAUGACUCUACUAAGAAUUUUCGCCUUUUAACUGUUGAUUUAUAACCCUAUAACGUCGUUCAUUUCACCCCCUUUACCUCCAAUGACUUAACCGUUUUGAUGUAAUGUUAACUAACAACUCUCAUUAACUCAUCGUACGAAGUUUGAGAUUCAGAGGCGUCUUUUCAGGACAGAAAUUCAACAAAAACUGUAAUUUUAUUGUAUAUAUGUUUUUACAUUAAGGUUACCAGCUUAUUAAAGUUACUUCUACUGAGUUUGCGCCUGUUUCCAUCACCCUUAACACAAGUAAAAGCAGUCAAACCAUAAAGAUAGUUUGAUUAACAAAAUAACUGAUAAACUUUGCUGUUAUAUUUUGCAUUAAAUAUUGCCUUUAUGUUCAGAUCUGUCUUAUAAUUUGUCUUAUAAUUUUAUAAUAAUAUAAAAUCAAUAGCUAUCUUUUUUGUUUCUAUAUCUUAAACAAGCCCUGAAAAAUACAGAAAAAUUGGGAUAAUGUGCAACAUCUGUCCUAGAAGUAAUAAAAAUCCGAGGAUCUGAUGUAUGGGAGCCCAAAGUGGACAUUCAUCCACACUUUUAAGUUGAUUUUAGUUGUUUAAUUUCUUCAGAUGAUCAUUACUUGUGAUCACAGAGUCCCAAAAGCGCAAAACAAACAAAGAAGUAAGUUUGAUGAGGCAGCAUGGCGUGUUGUUUUCACCAGGGGGUUUGACAAUAUCAGAUUUUCACAGCACACUCACAUCGUAAUGGAAACACAGCUAGUAGAAUUAAAGAGGGUGGAGCGACAUACCAGUAUAUAGCAGAGCGAAUAGAAGUGCCUUUCUUCAUGAAGACCCACAUUAAAUUCAUUACGUUGCUAUCCAGGAAACUGCCAGGAUCGUACUUAGGUCAGCAGAGGAAGCAUUUAUAGUUUUUGAGGUAUCAAUGGACCAUUCAAGGACAUGAGACCAUAGCCUACCUACACACAUCCAAAACCAACUUUCAUUUACUUAUUUAUUUUUUUGACACCAAAUAUACCGAUACAGGCAAUAACAUCGGUUAUUGUCGUAAAUUUCGGUAUUGGUAAAUUUUCAGUUUAUCGCCCAGUCCCACUGCAAAGACAACGAAAUCAGUUAGGGUCAGCUUCAACAAAAUGCUUAAAAAAAAGUUAGUUAAUGCCAAAAAGAGACAUGACUCUGUAGUGGAAAUCACUGCAUAGGCUUAAAUUCUCACCAGCAUCCACAAAUACAGGUUAAAGCUAGGGCCUGACUGAUUUAUCGGCGAUCCGAUUAAAUCGGCCAAUUUUUUUGAUUUUUGAGACUAAUCGGCCAAAACUCGCAGAGUUUCGCCGAUAUUUUCAGAAAUAAAAUGUGGAGAAUAAGAUUUGGUUUCUCAUCGAAAAUGUUCCGCUAUUUGAGAAGUUCCCUAACUUAUCCUGACAUGACCUCAUGACGAUCUUCAUCCACUAACUACCUCACAGCACAGCAGAGUGACGGUAAAUAAACCAGUUUGUGAAAUACACAAUAAGUCAACAAUUUUUAGUUCAACCCACUUCACGAUGUUCCCUGCUGUGCUGGUCUUGGUCACCCCGAUUUAAGGUGUUUACACACCGAAGCCGACACGAAUGUAGAAUGUGAAAUCACGAAAUAUUCAGAGGCGAAUUUUGACACCUGACUAUACACGUCAAGCCCGAUGCGAUUUUGCGACUUUCCAACGGUCAGCACUUAUAGCCAAUCAGAGGCGUAGGAGGGUGGGACUGUCCCGAGUGGAAGCGAGAGGACAAAAACGGAGUCUACUUCAACUUCAAGUGAUGGCGAAUUGAUACUCCUUUUGCUUUCUCAAAAGAAAAAGAAACGUAGCACAUGGGUGCAGAAGAGAACUUGGUGAGUGUCACUGCUUGGUUCAAGAGCUGAAACUGGACAACGGUCGCUGAUUGUUUUCCAGUUCUGAUUAGACACUAGUGUUGAGAUGGCUUUCUGUCAUGAUAGCAAAUACUGAGUCGGGGCCAGUACCAGAUAAGCACGUGAAACUAUGGUAACAACCCUUAACUUACGUUAGCACAGAUGAAAAGUUAAAACAACGACGUUUAGCAAACUGUUAAAGCACACAAACGUUGAAAACGCUUUUCUGGUCCGAGUUUGACCACUCGGUCUUCCUGUCGGCGUGAAGAGCAGUAGCCUACAGUAUAUCUACAGUAUAUAUAUUUUUCAUAACUUCAUAGAAAAUUUAAAAAAAUCAGCCGAUUAAUCUGUAAUCAGAUUUUUUCCCCCUAAUAAUCGGUAUGGGUAUCGGCCCCAAAAAAUCCAUAUCGCUCGGGCCCUACUUUUAAGCACACCACAAGAUUUAUUCAACAAACAGUUAACCACAUUUUAAAAAAAAAAAUACAUGAUCAUGAGAUAAAAGAGGAGAAAAUCUGGACAAAAGUGGCACUUGGCUUUUUUCCUCAUUAUGUAGCUAGCAUGUUUCGGGGACUAAGCAGUGCCAGCCAGGACCGUUGUCAUCAUUAAUUUCUUAGGAUGUUAGGAAGCAGGAAUGAUAUAUCACGCCUCUGAUUGGAUUUUGUAUGGAAUCCCAGAGCGGACAUACAUCCUUACAUUGUGUUUACUCUCUUAUCUCUCUGAUAAUGAGAAACCUCACAUGGUUUACUCUAGAUUAUGACUUUUCUUUUUCAUUAUCUCAAGGCAACAGCGCUUGUUUUCUCAUGAUAACAGGUGAAUUUUGCUGCCAUUGAUCACAUUAACUUUGAAGAUACAAGUUAUGAUCAUCUCAUCUUAUGCUGGUGCAGAGAUUAUCUAAACUGAUUUUGAAAACAAAGGGGGCAAUUUAGUUCGAGGAGAGUCUUGUUUUUCAUUCCAAAGAGAUCAAAAUGUUGAAAAAAGUAGACAGAGGAAGACGACACCAGCAACAAUAAUUCACUGUAACAUGACCAGACAGUGUCUUUGCUUCAUAGAAGGAUUAAAGUAAGUUAUUGUCCAGGCACUGAAAAGAAACCAGGUUAUUGUCAAGUACGAAAUAGCACAGGAAGUGCACUCCAGGUGAGAAGAUAAAUCAUGAGGAACCACGAGUUUAACCGUCUUUAUCAAAUCAGAUUUGAACCUCUAUCAGAAAGAGAAAGCAGGAUAAUUAGAGAGACAACGUGUGAUCAUGUCCGCUCAAACUUUCACCUCAUGUUCCAGCGGCUACAGAAGCAGAUCAGUGCAAAACCUCUGCAUGAAUAGAAAAAAUGUUUUUAAUGUGCGCUGGGCGCGUCGCUGUCAUGUCAUUCCGGUCCACGCCUGAAUGAAGUGUGUGUCACUGGGGAAGAGCUCGCAGCCAGACUAACUCGUUCCUGCGUAAUGGGGAAGUAACUAGAAAGAGACGGUAAUUUAAAUGGUAUUGAAACAAUGCAGGGGUAUGACCGCCGCGCUGGGAACAUUCGACCAUUAGACUCAGCUGAGAAGAACAAGGAAAAAAAUCAUCUUUAAUCUUUGCAGAGAUUGUUGUAUUGUUUUCUCUGUUAUGUAAUAUUUGAAUCAACAAACAGAGGACUGAUCAGAUACUGAAUCUAUUAUAAAUAUGAUGUUAUCAGUGUUGAUGAACGGGUUUCUUGAAAAAGCAUAGAUCAGCCUCCUGAUUCUUCUUUCUGUCAGUGGGCAGUUAAAGGCUCCUGCUCGCUCGUAUAAUUCUAAUAAAAUUCAGAUAUAAUGCAGAUAAAUACUUCAACGUGAAAGUCAAAAGCAUUGGUGCUACUGUAGAUGCCAACAGACUACCAGCAAACACAAUGUUUGCAGGACUUCUACAACUAGGAUAAAGUGACAUAGUCCAGGACCCGAGGGAGGACAGUUUAGCGACGGCGCUACAACACGCUACAGCAGGUCCGUUUGACAAGAAACACUUCUGUUACAGACACUUGGCUUACUUUGUUAAAGAGGUUUACCUGUCCAGUAGAAAGGGAACAUUGUGAAGUGGGUUGAACUGAAACUUGUUGACUUAUUGUCUACUUCACAAACUGGUUUAUUUACCGUUGAGGCGGACCACUCUCCUCCGUGCGUCCCUGAGCUGCCUGCUUCAGAUCCAUCACUCUGCUGUGCUGUGAGGUAGUUCGUGGAUGAAGAUUGUCAUGAGGUCGCUGCGCCAUCUAGAGGAUAAGUCGGGGAUUCGUGAAUCCGAAUCUUAUUCUCUGCAUUUUAUUUCUGAAAAUAUCCGCAAAAAUCGGCGAGUUUUGGCCAAGUACCGACUAGUCUCAAACGGGCUAAAAUUGGCCGAUUUAAACAGCUCGCAGGUAAAUCGAUCGGGCCCUAGUCCUGAUACAACUUUCAACUUCCAAUACGAUACCAAUUUUGUAGCCUUCAAUAUUGGCUGAUACAGAUAUUGAUCCAAUAUUAGCACAGACUUGUGCAUGACAAGUUUUGCACUCAGCCGCAACAACUUUUUUGGAUUUGAACAAAACAUCACUCCUACUUCUUGCUAUUUUGUUCGUACCUCAGUUCACACUAAUGUUGUGAUUACGUCGUCUCUGCAUACUGGAUACAAUAGAGGUGCCGGAGCAGAAUCUGGAAUGGACUGCUUGUAUCGAAGUGCUGAUAUCGGAGAUUUAAGGUGCUGGCUGAUAUAAUCCGAUAUUCCAUUUUUUGCCGACACCGCUCCGAUAUCUGAUAUCAAUAUCGUAUCAGAACAUCCCAACUUGUAAACAAUCAAAUCAAGAAACCUCAACCUGCAAGCAGAAGCUAUUUCACUAAUGGAAAAUGUGUUUUGUCUGCUAAGGCUAAUUUUGAUUGAUUUUGUUUUGAUGAUGUUGUUAAUGAUGUUUUUUUUUUCGUUUGGCAGCAAGAUUCCUCUCCUACCCAGUAUGAAACAGCACCAAUCAAGGGAGCUCUUACUGUGGUACAAGAGUCCACAUCAGCGACCUUUUGGACCUUAACCUCAGAGGAACCUGUGUCACCUUUUCUUCAUUGAAACUUAGAUUUGUAAUCAUUUGGCCAUCGGACGUUCACGCUCCCAAGAGUCGAAAUGCCAGACCAGUCACAAGUUCUCCAGGAUAAGGGGGAGCCUGGAACACCCGCAGUCCCGGACAUCAGGGUCAUCUCCAGUGAGGGGGAGGGCAAACUCACUGGAGGAGACACCCUGGAGCUAUGCGACUUGAUUCAAUCAACAGAUGGUGUAAAACAACAACCAGCACAAAGUGAGGACGAUUUGAAACCAGGACUUGAUGAAUCCCAGGUUUCUGUGGAGGUGGGUGUGGCAAAAACAGCACAAGCCCCUGAACCUCUGCGAGCCAGCUCUUUUUUAAAGGGGGAACCCGUGACCCCACGUGAAGACAAGCAACAAACUGACAACAGCGCCGGUGACUCUGAUUACAGCAGCACAAAAUCCAGUCCUGGAUACACUAACAGCGGCUUUAUCAGCGACGAAGAGUUAUCCGAGCUCGAUAAGACCUCCAUGGAAAAGAAAAACCACAUCCCUCCUCUGAAUUUGUCCGAGCUCAAACUGGACUCUACGAACAGUCCCGAUGAUUACAAAGACGAGUCCAAAACAGACUGGACUGACGGACCAAACGGAGGAAACUCACUGGGCUAUGUUUCACCUGGCGUCUACCAACCGAGGGACAGCAUCAGCAGCAGGUGGGACGAAGAGGACGAAGACGAGGACAGGCAGAGCAUACGGUCAAGACGGAGUGUGAAGGAGGGGGUGUGUUGCUGCUAUCAGGUCUUCCACAGGGCCUGUCUGCAGUGUGUGGAGGAGACGCCGGCCAUGCUGUCCGGGCUGGUGCUGUCUUUGGCCUUCUGUGUGGCCCUCAUCGUCCUCAUCCCCACCACAGGACGGGUGAGACACGGAGAGUGUGUGUUUGUGAGCGUAUGAGUGAAAGAGGCAGGGUAAGGUUCAAAGUAGUAGUAGUUUAUUUGAUCCGCACCAGAGUUCGAGGUCAGCGUUCACACCGACCCAAAUGAAACCGCACCAAGGGGGUAAACGCUCCAGGGUUCGGUUCAACCGCACUAAACGAGGGUGGUGUGAACACGCCCUUAAAUAUCAGUUGAUUACACAUCACAUCACUGAAAUCUAACAGUGCUAAUUGGUAGCAUGUCUUUUGCGAUACAGUAAGCUACUGCAUCUGUGAGGUCUUUGUUUCUCUUCGAUGUUUUGUCGUGAGGCGUUGCGCUAGAGAAAGCGGACUGAAGGGUCGGCUGCACAGGCGCCAUGGGCUCCUUCCUCCGCUCGAGGUUUGUAACCUUUUACAUUGUGCACGCUCUGCCAUGAGGCGCUACUUCAGGUGGUGAAAAAGAUUUGAGGUAUUCCCAAAUUCUGCGAGAACAUGUACUCGACAUACUUUUUCUUUACUUUUUCAACUUAGGAGCACAUGUGAUCCUUGUGAAAGAAGUUAGUGUCAAGCCCUGGUGUGGACCCAGGGCAAGUCCCGUUUUCAUUGGCUAUUCGUAUAAUCUACCAAAACAUGGCAGAAUCUCGGUUAUCAAAAAGGAUAUUGACCAUGUUUUAUAUUGAUAUUGAGAGACAUUAAAUUCCGAUAUAUAUCGUUAUCGUUUUAUCGCCCAGUCUAACUUCCAAGGUCAUCUGAAGUAAUUUUAUUGAUAGAUUUCUCUUCGUAUAAUCUCCAAGAGUAAGAAUAUACCAUAUGUAAAAUAUUACAACCUUUGAAUGCUUUGAAAAAAGUCAAGAGAAACCAAAAGCUGGAGAAGAUUCAAAUGACAGUCGAGGAAACACGAAACCUGUUCCCCAAAAUACCUCAACAUGAUCGUAUGUCAGUCACGGUACAUGACCUACUCUGACAGAACAGUGACACACAUUGCAGCAUAUGUGAUGUCUGAAUGUAGGUCAUGAAAAUCCAUGGCAGCAUAUGUGUUGUUUGUUUGUAGGUCAUGACAGUCAAACUUGAAUAAUACAGACUUUUUAAGAUUGUGACGCUGAUUUCUAGUUUUUUGGGUUUUGUGUAGGAUAUCGACGUCCAUGUUGGCGCUCUGUCCAUCUUGUGUGUGGUUCUCUGUCUGAGCGCCAUCCUCCUCAUCUGCCUGCCUUGGCUGGCCACAGUGAGGCGCUGCGGGGGAGCCUUGGCCCUCUUCGUCUGGGGGACUCUGUACAUCACCGCCAUCGUCUUCAUCUUCACUGGCGGGCCGGUCACUGCGUGGGAACAGGUGAGAACGAAGGAAGAAAGCAAAGAUAAAAGAGAGAAGUCGAAUGUUUCUGGUCUUGAUGUUGUUGAUUCUCUCUGUCUGCAGGUGGCGUUUUUCCUCUUCCUCUCACUGAGCGUGUACACGGUUCUUCCUCUCUCGAUGGCGUGGGCACUCAUGGUCGGGAUCGGCACCAGCGUUUCGCACAUCAUCAUUAUCAGUGUUUACGUCCCUGUCACAAAACCAGAGACACCAGAUCUGGCUGUACAAGUAAGGACUUACUGUGUACAGCAACACAUUUUCAGUUUAAUCCAGAGUCUCUGAAUCUUUGAAUGAUAUUUUGGGACUCUAAUCUGAAAUCGUCUGAAACUAUUCGCUUAAACAGUUUCAGACGUCAUUUGCAAAUGGUUUUCCCUCUACAAAUACGUGCUUCUUUGCAUGCGCCACAAAACAGAGAUCAUAUUCAAAUAAAGCGGGUCGAGCUCCAUAGAAUGUCCAAUGAUCUACACUACAGGCCAAAAGUUUGGAAGCAAGGCCAUGACAGGCCGAACAGUUGGGAGUAACUUCAAGUUUUUGUUCAUAAUGCUUUUUUUUAAAUCCAGCUUGAGUUUUAUGUAUCUUGGGAUGUAUUUACUCCAUGAUCAGAUGUUUGCUUUCAUGGAAAUGCACCAUUUUACUCCAUUUACCCUUUAGAGAUACAUUGAUGUUAACAGACCAUUGCUAAAUAUAUGUCAACAAAAUAUAAUAAGGGCUAAGUUUUAAGGUCGAAAACAUUUGCAAGAGUCACAACUUCAAACAAAUCACAGUUGGAUUAUUCACUUCAACUUUUUGGCUUUUGAGAGCCUGCAGACAAAAUUCCUAAUAAAUCUCAACUGCGUUCAAACUACCGCAAAAAUGGCUACAAAGAAGCAACUGAGUCAAGAAACAAAAGUACAGAUUUGUACAUUGAGGAAAAAAGGAUACACAGAAAGAGAAAAUGCAAAACGCCUAAAGGUGUAAGGAGUCCACUACACUCUAAGGAGACUAGAGGAACCUCGAAGUUAUGAUGAUAGAAAAAGACCUGGACGAAAGAGAGUUACUUCAAAAGCAGAGGAUAAACAUAGGAUUGUCACUAGUAAGAGAGAUCGGCGAAAGACGGCACCACAAAUAAGGGAGGAAAUCAACAUGACAGGUCGAAACCCAUAUCUCUGACAACCGUGAAAUGAGGUUUGAGAAAGGCUGGUCUGAAGGGUUGUGUAUCUGCAAAAAAACACUACUUCAUCCACAGAACAAGAAAAAGAGAUAUGAGUGGGCAAAAGCUCACAAAAAUUUGACUUAUGAUGACUAGAAACAAGUUUGAACUGUUUGGUUCAAACCGCAGAGUCUAUGUCCGCAGACAAACUGGUGAACGUCUGAAAGCUCCAUGUGUUACACCCACAAUUCAGCAUGGAGGUGGUAGUUCCAUGGUAUGGGGAUGUUUUGCAGGUGAUAGAGUAGGAGAUUUGUUUGAAGUAAAGGGUAUCAUGAAGAAGGAACAGUAUCACUCCAUCCUCCAGCACCAUGCUGCUCCAUCUGGACCCAGACAUGUGGCUCACAAAAUUGUUUUGCAGCAAGACAAUGAUCCUAAGCACUUUGCCAAGCUCUGUCAGGGUUACCUCGACAAAAAACAAGAGGAAGGUGUUCUUCAAAAGAUGAUUUCGCCCCCUCAGUCUCCAGACCUUUCUCCAAUUGAGCUUGUGCGGGAUGAAUUGGAUCGAUCGGUCAGAAAAACGCGUGUCACGAAUCAGCAGUCUCUUUUUAAUGUAGAAAGCUUGGAAUGCAAUCCCUGGAACAUACCUUAAAAAACUUCGGAUAAGUUACGCUUUACACUAAAGUCAUGUUUAUUGUGUUGCAAAGUAUAUUAAUGAAACUAUGAUCUUUUUAUUUGUACAAAUCUGAUCUUGCUUCCAAACUUUUGGCCUGUAGAGUCAGUAAUAAUCUCCUCAGUUUUCCAUUACCCUGUUACCUGUUACUGAUUAAGUUGGCUUUUCCUUCGCUGACACUCACACUGAUACUCAACAACAAUCCCCCUUUUUUUCCCCCUCAGCUGGUGGCGAACGCCGUGCUCUUCGUCUGCGUGAACUGUGUCGGGAUUUUCCACCUGUGGAUGACCGAGCAUGAUCUCAGGAAGUCCAACCAGAAGAGGGAAAGGUUCAGCGCCAUUCGCUCACAGAAAGACGUGAAGAAAUAUCAGCAGGUGAUAACUCAGAGUCUGUGGAAACUUCAGUGGAUUCUUCUGCACUGUAGAAAUCAAAUCCGGCUCCCCUUUUGUUUGCCUCUCUGAAUUAAAAAUCAUUAUGUGUAAUCUCUUUCAUAAAAGGCUCUUACCUGGACAGCCCGGCUCUGGUUGCUGUGUGCUCUUCUGUCUAUUAGGUCAAUAGAUUAAUCAUUCACCUGUGUGAUGCCAGGCAGCUGUAGACUAGGCAAACCCAGAUGGACAAUAUUCACGGCAGGUAAACAGAUAGAUGAAACACGCUUCACAGAGUCAACACAGCAGCGCUUCAAAGAGCCUUUUGAUGGCCGGCUCCUCUUUUACAGCCGCUCUGAGCAGACUGUCUCCUCUGCGAGAUAGACGGCCAGUGUCCAAACAUACGAGGUCGAAAAAUCUCAUCACCCACACCGCCGUCUCCGCACAAGUCUUAACCCCGGUCUUGUCUCUGUUUCCGCGACAACAGGAGCAGCUCCUCCUAUCAGUGUUGCCACGCUACAUCGCCAUGGAGCUGAAAACGGAGGUGAUAAAGAGGCUUUCCAAGCCGACGGACGAUAAGGAGAACGAAUCCAACUUCCACAACUUUCACAGCUUCUACAUACGACAGCACAAAGACGUCAGGUGACCAUCAAGCUUGUUAGUUUUUCCAAACCCUGUCUGUGGAUGUGGAUGUAAAGUUUGAUGGUGAACAGCUUGGCAUCAAGAUAAAGACUAAUGUCAUUAUGGUUUUACAAGCCCACAACAGAAGUGCUUAGUGUUCAUUUACUCUCUGAUCCAGGUUUUCAUCACACACAUCUGUUGUUUUUGCAGCAUCCUCUAUGCGGACAUUGUGGGCUUCACAAAACUGGCGAGUACCUGCACACCGGAAGAGCUGGUCGCCGUGCUCAACAAGCUCUUCGGGAGGUUUGAUGACAUCGCUAAGGUGAAAACGAUGAUAGACCCAGACUGAAAUCAAAAUUUAAUCUCUUCAGAAAUGGUUGUUUCGUGUCAGAGAUUAAAGGGAUAUUCUGGUGUAAAAUUAAUUUAGGGUCAAACACACCGUAACACCGAGUUAGACAACCCCUCGCGAGAUGAAUGUUGCAGACCGCUUGCUUCUCUAGUUAUACCAACUUUAGUAACGACCGCACGAUAGCAAUACACAGCGGUCUGAGGAGCCAUAAACAAACCUCAACCAAAACGCCACAAAUAAUGCUCAGAACAGCACCUAACUUCAUCAACAGGACAUAUAGGGUCCUAGCCAUAGUACUAGUCAUCAAACAUCUUUUUAGCUUUGACUAAUUUCUUUAGCAAAGAGACUAAACACAACUCACCUACUCUCCUCCAGCGGCCGCUUGUUUGUAGCAAGACCUCAGGCCAGUCCAUUACGGACUACAGCGGGGUGACGCAGCUCAAGGAAGAACAUUUAUGAUUAUUUCUUUAUCAUUUCCUGUGUUCUUCCUUGAGCUGCGAAACUCCGCUGCAGUUUGUAAUGGACAGGCCCUAGGUGUCUAGUACUAUGGCUGUGACCCUAUAUGUCCUGUUGAUGAAGUUAGGUGCUGUUCUGAGCAUUAUUUGUGGCUAUAGAGUGGUGUUUUGAUCGAGGUUUGUCUCCUCCGACCACUGUGUAUUGCUAUCGUGCGGUCAUUAAUAAAGUUGGUUUAACUAGAGAAGCAAGCAGUCAGCAACAUUCAUCUCCCAAGGGGGGUGUCUAACUCUGUGUUACGGUGUGUUUGACCCUAAAUUAAUUUUACGCUGGAAUAUCCCUUUAACGUCCAUGUCAGACUCACAGUCCUCUUCUCCUGCUUGUAGAAGAACGGCUGUCUCCGCAUCAAGAUCUUGGGCGACUGCUACUACUGUGUGUCCGGUCUACCUGACCCCAUCCCCACCCACGCUAAGAACUGUGUUCAGAUGGGGCUGGACAUGUGCAGAGCCAUCAGGUCAGUUUAUUCAAAUCUAUGAAAAACACUUUCCCAAAACAGAAACUUUGUUCUUGGUGAUGAUGUGUUUCUUUUAUUCGUAUCGACAUUUAUCUCCAGCCACAGGAAUGAAAGGCAUUCAGCGUGUUUAAUUUGCAUAUGUACAGCUUGUGCUCUCUUGUGUAACUUCCUCAUGAGUCAGCUGGCACUUUUAUUUGAUUCUGUUUGGAGGACGAAACUGAAAAAAUCCCUGCAUGUGAGAGAACUAAAGCAGCUCAUUUAAGCAGUUUUGAAAGUGAAAUGCAUCUGGACUCAUCCUCUGUACUUCUGAGCCAUCUUGUUGUUUGGGUUUAUUCUGUAAGGUAGUUAAUGAUAAGUCGGGGAACUUUUCAAAUGGCGGAACAUUUUCGAAGUGAAAACGAAUUUUAUUUCUGAAAAUAUCGGCGAAAAUCAGCGAGUUUUGGCCGAUUACCGAUUAGUCUCAAACAAGCUCAAAUUGUCUGAUUUAAUCGGCGCACUGAUAAAACGGUCCAGUCCUGAUUUUAACCUUUAUUUGUGGAUGCAGGGAGAAUUUGAGCCUAUACAGUGAUUUCCACUACAGAGUCAUGUCUGUUUUUUAUCAUUACCUAACUUUUUUUUUAGUAUUUUGCCGAAGCCAACCCUAACUGAUUUUGCUGUCUUUGCAGUAGGGCUGGGCGAUAAACCGAAAAUUACCAAUACCAAAAUUUACGACAAUAACCAACGUCAUUUGCUCAUAUCUGUAUAUUUGGUGUUAAAAAAAAAUAGAUAAAUAAAAGUUGGUUUUGGAUGCGUGUAGGUAGGUUUUGGUCUCAUGUCCCUUUAAGACGCUGUCCUACGUCAGAGACGUGACUCCACUCCAUAUAGUCUUUAACAAAGAGGGAAAGACAGGUGAGGAGAUGGAGGACGGUUCAAAAGUUGUAGCGGCUGAAGUAGACAAAGUUAAUGUGGGAGGGGGUGAGCAGCUUGUGGAGUAGUUAUCGAGGUGAACUGAUCAAUAUAUUGUGAUAUUGAUUUGAGGCCGUAUCGUCCAGCCCUAGUUUCAUCUUGCAGGAUUUUUCAUUGAAUAUUAGCUGUAAGUGAUUUGCAAACCAUUCAAAUCUGCUUCAUCCAUGUUUCUCCUUCUCUUUUCUGUCUCGCUGUAGUAAACUGAGAGACGCAACAGGGGUCGAAGUCAGCAUGCGCGUUGGGGUCCACACCGGCAACGUGCUCUGCGGCGUGAUCGGCUUGCAGAAGUGGCAGUACGACGUGUGGUCACAUGACGUCACGUUAGCCAAUCACAUGGAGUCUGGAGGCCUACCUGAGUAAGAAACACCUGCCCAGAGAGAGAAUCACUCAUAUUUGUAGAGCUAUUUUGACUCUACAGGGUUUAAUCGAUCGAUACUUGUUAUUGAUAGGCGAGUCCACAUCACAGAGGAGACAUUGCAGCACUUAGACGGAGCGUUCCAAGUGGAGGACGGGGACGGGGGGAGUCGGGAUCCUCUCCUGAAGGGACGAAAAACCUUCCUGGUGAUUGACCCUCACAAGCAGUACAGCAUUUCCAGGAAACCCAAAGCGGUAAGUCUGAAGUCAUCUGAAGUCGAUGUUUGUCGAGAAAAGCGGAAUCCUGGAAUCUCUUUUCAUUCAUUUCAGGUGACCAAUUUGGCGACAGCCGAGCCCAGGCAGCGAGCGUCGGUGCGCAUGUCUCAGUACCUGCAGUCCUGGAGGACCAUCCACCCCUUCGCAGACCUGAGCAACCCCGAAGCGUCUCCGACCAAGAAGAGGAAACUGCCGAGAAGCAUCACCAACGUCAUGAACCGAUCACAUCAGUUCGCUGUGAGUCCUCGAUCUUCUUCUCCUGACGCAGGAACACAAAGAUGAUUCUUUCAAACUUCCUCCUCUUACUGUAUCUGUCCCUCACCAGCGUUUGUGUGUGUUUUAGGUGAGACAACCUCGUCAGAGCCAUCCCUCCAGGUGAGUUUUUACACGUGUGGAUAAUUCAGAGAAAAUUCUAAAAUAUGAAUAACGGCUGGUUUGAUUUUUAAGAGUCUUAUUUGGUUUGUUGAAGUACAAAAAAUAUUUUGUUUAUCCGAGAUCAACCAGUCAAUAAUUCUCCGUGUUUAGCCCCAGUUUGGCAGUUAACAGUUUUACCGGGUCACUGGACACUCUGGACACCGCAGGGUAAGAGUUUCUAUCGUCAAAAAAUCAAGUUCUUGUUCUUCUUUCCUCUCCUUCGCCUCUUCUUCAUCUGAUUUCUGUUUGUGUCUUUUUUCGUGAAGGAGGAGAUUGAAGAAGCUGAACUGUUUGACUCUGCUGUUCAACGACCUGAGCCUGGAGAGACAGGUAGAGACCGCGUUAAUUCAGCUUUAAACCACACAGAGACGCUCGUUCAUGGCGUGGUAAGAAAAAGACACGAUCACUCUGUCUCCCUCUUGCAGUUCCGCUUCUCAGAAGUCACGGGUUUACAUCAGUCCAUGAGCUGCAUCGCUUUAAUCUUCGUCACUAUAUUUGCUGUUCAGAUGCUCGUCUCCAAGAAGUGAGUAGACCCAAACACGAGCGAAAGACAGGCGUGUUCAUUAUCGUUUAGCCUAAACAACGGUAGAUUCAGCUCGCUCUUCUCUCUGCUGCGUCCUGUUUCAGAAACUUUGAAAUGGCGGUGUCUUACGGUGUGACUUUCCCCGUGAUGGUGCUGUUUCUGUCCAUCGCUUUCACCGGAUACUUGGAGGUAAACACACACGUACCUACACCUAACUCUACUCAUUUUCACCUUUUAUUCGGUCCGUCUUGCACACCUGUGGCGUAGCUUUUCCAUUUUGUGUCAUUAAUCUGUUUGGGUGUUACUUUUUACACGGCUUUAUCGUCACAAAAUGACCCAAAAGUUACGCCCAGGCUAGCCCCAUAUUCAGCCCCGUCGACGUGUGUUAGCUUGUUGAUCGUCUUGUGUUUGCUCACAGAAAUGGCGCACGAAGAUGCCGGUGGGUAUUCAGUGGAUAUCAGGGCUGUCCCGAGGUGUGUCCACCAGGGCGGCGCUGCGGCUGUUUGUUGUCAGUCUCUGCGUGCUCAUAACGCUCCUCAUGGCCAUCCUUAACUUUGUGAGUUUGUCAUUCAGAGGUUUUCUUUUUUCCCGAUUCCUGACGUUUAUUUCAAUCGAUUUAUUUCUGUUUUUCUUCUUCUCUUGUUUUUUUCGUCUUCAGUUCUUUCUUCCGGGAAAAAACUGCACAGCCAUCGUCAACAGGACCGAACUGGAAGAACUGCAACUGCACACUGUGCCUGUGAGUACCUGAAGAUGACCGACCAAUACAAACAUCAGAAAAAGCAGAUUAGACUCUCACAUUUGGAUGAACCAAGCCUUCAACCAAAGAUUUUAGCUGUUGCUGAUGAACAGUUGGUACAAAAAUCAUCCUGUCACGUGUGACUCAUUAAAAAACCACAUUUCUCCUCCUGACCCCGCCCUCUGUCUCCAAACAUGCAGUACUACCUGUACUGCUGUCUGCUGGCCAUGCUGGGAGUCAUCGUGUUCGUCCGCACGUGCAUGUCGGUGAAAACGCUUCUGCUCACGCUGGCCGUGGUGGUUUACCUCGCCCUCUUCCUGCACGUCUACGCCCCGAGGUCCCACUGCCUCAUCGACCUGCUUUACAACGACACCAAGUGAGCAAAAGAGCGAACGCAGUCACAUGGAACAUCAGUCUUUAAGUUGUCAGAUUUUGGAUACUGGGAGGAAUAAAAUACUUUUAGUUUUUUUUCACUUUUUCAGCAUUUUACAAAGAAAAAUAGUCAGAGAGGUUAAGUUCUAGCACUUUCUUACACACAGUUUACAUCAUUUUUGUAUGAGUUUGCAGAAACAUCUUACUAUAUUUAGAUUUAAACACUCUGUCUUUUCAACAUCAUAUAGACUAGGGUCCGACCGAUUUAUCAGCGAACUGAAUUAAUCGGCCAAUUUUAGCCCAUUUGAGACUAAUCGGUAAUCGGCCAAAACUCGCCAAUUUUUGCCGAUAUUUUCAGAAAUAAAAUGCAGAGAAUAAGAUUCACUCAAACGAAAAUGUUCCACCAUCAACCGAGUUUGAUCAGUCGGUCUUCUUGUCAGCGUGAAGAGCAGUAGCCUACAGUAGAUAUACAGUAUAUAUACAUUUUUAUAACUUAAUAAAAAUUUUAAAAAAAUUGGCCAAUUAAUCGGUAAUCAGAUUUUUUUCCCCCCUAAUAAUUGGUAUCGGCAUCGGCCCCAAAAAAUCCAUAUCGGUCGGGCCCUAAUAUAGACUAAUCCUUAUUAUUCGGAAAACGGAUAAAUGAAUGUAGAAAAAUUCAAAAUGUUGCAGGUUGUACAGAUUUCUUUUUGUUGACUAAAGUAAGUUUUUAAUUUGCUGUAAAAACUUCUCAAAACAUGCGCCUGUUGUGUAAAUGUUACACAUUUUUUCUACACUUGAUAUGAGGCCAGUACAAAAACUUUUGCCUCUGUGGUGCAUUUUUACAACAGAGGAUUGGACCACAUACGAGAAAAUUAAGAUUUUGAGAUUUAAUUCCUAAAUUUACGAUAUGAAGUCAUAGUUUUACAAAAAAAAAAAAGUUGAAAAUUUACCAGAUUAAAUCAAAAUUUAAAGAAAAUUAAAUUUUGAAUUUUUUAGAAUAAUGUUAUAGGUUCACAAAAUUUAAGAAGAUGAAGUUAUAAAUUUAUAAUAUUCCAAAAAAGCAGUUUUAUGAGAAUGAACUCAUAUAUUUGAUAAUUUGAUAAAUUAAAGUUGUCAAUUUACCAGGAUAAAGUCAAAAAGUAAUGAGAUAAAAAUUAUAGAUUGAUAAGAAAUUAGCCUGAAAUUAUGAGGAUACCAUUUUAGAUUUAUGCUUAUAUAGAGUGGUCAAGUUACAAAAUAAAGUGACAAAUAAAAGCAGUAAAUUAAAGAGAAUAAAGUCAUAAAUUUAAUAAAUAUCAAGUAUCAAUUUUAUGAGAAUUUUUAAGAAUAAUGUAAAUUUACACGAUUAAAGACAUUAAUUUUACAAGGAUAAGGUAGACAAUUUGUGAGACGUUCACCAGAAUUAUUUUUAUAAAAACAACUUUUUGUUAAACUUGAGAGUUGAAGCUGAAAGUGGAACCAGGAGGUCUCAGGAGUCCAUUUUCCACUCCUCCACGUUCGUUCAGAUCUAUCUUUAGUCCGUCCGUCUCUCAGCCGAGGUGUUGAAUUCCCGCCUUUUGUCUCCACUCUCAGCUCGGAUUGUCGCGGCUCGCCUGGAGUUUCACAUCAGCAUCUUUUAUUCAGGAGCUUCUUACAGACCGGAAUUACUCUGAGACACGAGACACUCGAGUUUUGAGAGUGAUGUAACGGAAGGAAAAGAGAAAGAUGUUAGUUUACGAGUGAUGACAAGAGUUCACAGAGAUGAAAACGUAUUUUUGUGUGUUUUCUCACAGACCAGGGGUUCUCAAAGACCCUCAGAUCAUGUCCGGGGUCUGGCUGGUCAUCUUCUACAUCGUCUGCCUCGUUCUGGCCAGACAGGUGUGUGUUUUUUCAGUCACUCAACGAAGGAAAGAGAAAUGUGUGGUUUUAGAUUUUAGAAAGAAAAGUUUCUGAUUUCUGUCUCAGGACGAGCUGAGCAGCCGUGUGGACUUCCUGUUGGAGCGUUGCUUCAUGGCGGAGAGGGAGGAGAUGGAGACCAUGGAGAACGUCAACAAGCUCCUCCUGCAGAACGUCCUGCCGCUUCACGUCGCCUCUUUCUUCAUGGGCAAAACUGUUCGCAACCAGGUACGCGUGACCAAACCCCGCAGAGAGGAACAGACCGACUUCUCUGUACGCUGUCGUUUCAUUUCACAGCGUGUGUGUGUGUGUGUGUGUGUGUUUCAGGACCUGUACAGUCAGUCCUAUGACUGCGUGUGCGUGAUGUUCGCCUCGGUGCCUCAGUUUAAAGAGUUUUACAGCGAGAGCAGCGCCAACAGAGACGGUCUGGAGUGUUUGCGCUUCCUCAAUGAGAUCAUAUCGGACUUUGAUGAGGUACGAGGAGGAAGAGGAUGUUAUAAUCAGCCUGAAGCUGGAACAUCUCGCCUCUAACUGCGCUCUUUUUUAUUUACUUCCUGUGUGUCCUGCAGCUCCUCUCGAAGCCCAAAUUCAGCUCCGUGGAGAAGAUCAAGACCAUCGGCAGCACCUACAUGGCUGCUGCGGGGCUCACACAGACGCCUCAAGGCGACGAAACAAAGGUUUGAUUAGUCUCUGAAGACGCCUGAAGAGCAGACGGUCUGACACUCAGUCACUCAUUAACAUGGUCUCUUGCGCCCCCUGCAGAAAGUGGAGAUGUCCUACAGCCACGUUCGCUCCAUGGUGGAGUUCGCCAUCGCUCUGAUGGGGAAACUGGAGCUGAUCAACACGCACUCCUUCAACAGCUUCAAACUCAGGAUCGGUGAGAAAAUCACGACAGCUUCAAGAUAAAGAAACAACCAGAUUAUGUUUUUGGAAUGAAAGUUGUUGACAAACUUUGAUUCUCGCAGGAAUAAACCACGGACCGGUGAUCGCUGGCGUGAUCGGAGCUCAUAAACCGCAGUACGACAUCUGGGGGAACUCUGUGAAUGUGGCAAGCAGGAUGGACAGCACCGGCGUCUUGGACAAGAUCCAGGUGAGAGAGGAAACGAGGUGGAAAUUUGGAAGAAAUAGGAAUUGAUCCCAACAGGACUUUGUCUAAAAAAACACAUAAAUCUAUAGUGACCAAGCCUUUCCUCACCUGCACAUCAUUCCGUUAAGUCUUGGCUAUCAGGAGAAGAAAUAUUGGGAUUGGAACAAACGCAAAACAGGAACUAUCUACAUAUUUACACUCAUUCUUGAGGACCAUUAUUUCUUAUUUUGCAGACAAGCAGGGAACUUUCUUGUCCCUCGUUGAUCUUUGGUUGACUCUUGUUGGACACUACCAUCAAGGGAAUAAUAGAAGAAGAAUAUGAGAGCAUGUAAUUGGUUGAAUGUUUGAGAGAAAAAGACGUCAUCAAAACCAGGGCCCGAAUGAUAUGGAUUUUUGGGGGCCGAUGCACCUGACACUCCUCCUUGUUUUCUUCUUUCCUUUCCGCUCCCAGGUGACGGAGGAGACGGCACAGAUGGUGGAGAGCGUGGGAUACGGCGUCACUCUCCGAGGAGUCAUCCACGUCAAGGGGAAAGGAGACCUCAGCACGUACUUCGUCAACACGGACCAGACGUCUCCUCAGUUCUGACCUCAGACUCAGACAUAAACUGUUAAUGUUUGAGUUAAACACGUGCACUACAUGAUAUUACUGAACUACGCAGACUAAAUAUCAAACCAUCAUGCACAUUUGCACUGACUCUACGGUGGAGCCCAGAGCUGCCUCUGUCUUUAGGAUGAGACACUAAAUAAGAUCCUGAAACCCCGGCGAGAUGAAGACUACAUCUGUGGACUGAAAGCAGGAAGCUUUCUGCUAAUGGACCAUUAAAUGGAUGUCUCUGUACUGUAUCCGCGUUAACCUGUGAAGCUACAUUCCCCUACUGCACCUUUUCACUGAAGUUAGCUCACACAACAUGAAGUCUGAUCUGGAUUGUUCUUUUCUUCUUAGAUUCACUCCAUGAAAUUCACCGUGUGAUACUGACUUAUUUAUUUUUGAAGAAAUAACCUUUUUGAGAUUUACAAUAGGAACAGGAAAUGCGGGUGUUUAUUUUAUUGUAUGUUACGGUGGCCGAGAACCGCCACUGCUGCAAUUAAAAAAAGAAUGCAAAAAAAAAGAAGUCACAACAGAGGUUAACGAUGCAAAAAAAAAGUUACCGAUGCAAAAAAAAAAAAAAACGGUGCAGAUUAAAAAAAAAAAAAUGCCACAAUGGAAGUUACCGAUGCAAAAAAAAAAGAAACAGUGUAGAUAAAAAAAAGCCACCAUGGGAGGUAAAAAAAAAAAAAAAAAGAGAUAGAAACGGUGCAGAUUUUAAAAAAAAGCAACAAUGGAAGUUAACGCAAAAAAAAAGUGGCAAGAAAUAAAAAGUUACUGUGAAAAUUAUGGGAUGCAAAUUAAAAAAGCCACAAUGGAAGGUAUCGACGUAAAAAAAAGAAAAGAAACGGUGCAGAUUUUUAAAAAAAAAGCCACAAUAGAAGUUAACAACGCAAAGAAAAAAAAGUGUCAAUGAAAAAAAAAAUAUUGCGAAAAUAAAGGGAUGCAAAUAAUAAAAGCCACAACAGAAGUGAGCUGCCGGGGACCAAUAAUCAUGAUGCAUUGGUGUUUUACAAUCUAGGCACAGAGAAUGACGGUGAGAAGACGAGUAAAGUAGUAAUCGAAAAGGUUAUUGUUUAAUUUCGCUUAGUAAACUCCUUUUAUUUUUGCUGUAAGUAACUUUUUUUUUCCGUCGCCACUUUUUUUUUGCGUCGUUAACUUCCGUUGUUUUUUUUUUUUUAAUCUGCAACUUUUCUUUUUUUAUUUGCAGUGCUCAGUUUCUUUUUUUUGCAUCGGUAACUUCCAUCGUGACUU